UACAACUUAAGGGGCAAUAAUGAAUUGUAAGUAUGGGUGGUGUAAGACAAGGUAGGAGGGACAAUAAUGAAUUGUAGGAACCAGGGGCUAACUGACAACUCAUGGGGCCCCCGGUCAAUAGGGGAUCAUGGGGCCCCUGUGUCCUUGCCCAAACUCAAAAAAGCCUAUGAAAAAGGUACCAGGAGCAUCUCAUGGGGCCCCCUACUGACCCCGGGCCCUUUGGGCAGUGCCCGAGUUUCCAAAUGGUCAGUCCGCCCCCUGGUAGGA